AUGCCCGCCCCGCCUGGCCCGAGCGCUGCGCACAGAGCCCCCGGCUCGGCUCUGCGCGCCCGGCGUCCGCCUAGUUGGGGGCCGCGGCGGAGAGCAGCAAAGUUUGCAAACAAUACCGGGAAGCGAGAGAAGCCCCCAGAGCUCCCGGCGCAGCGGCCCGGCGCGAGCUCCAACUCACGGCCGCGGCAAACUUCGGCCUCUUCUUGGAGCGCCCAGGUGGCACGUCUGGGGCGGAGGGGCGGCGCGGGCGCACAGAGGCCGGGCCAGCUCGCGGCGCCCCCGCGGCCCGCGCGGCUUCUCCCUCCUUGUGCCGGCCUCGGCCGGGCCCAGCCGGCAGCUGUUUCGAGCGCAGCGGCCCGGGGCAGCCCUCCUCCCCGCCGCCCCGCCGCGGGCUCCCGGGCCCUGCGGGGGCCGAUACCCCCCCGCCCACAGCCCAGCCCGCGGGGGGCGCAGCGCCGAGUCCCGCCCGCGUCGCCCGCCAGCCCCGGGACAGCCCGCCUGGCGCGCGGGGCUCAGCGCGCCGCGACCCUCUCCGGCAGUCCCGCCCGCCUCUCCUCGCCCUCUUUCUGCCUGGCCUCCAACUUUGCCUCUCGCUGCCCUCUCCGCCGGCGCCCCUUUUCCCGGCGGUCCCCGGGAUGGUCCCUGGAACCCCGAGGACGCCGAGGUUACGGGAAGUUCGGGGACUGGCGGGAGAAGGGGGUGGGUUGUCCGCGGCGAGGGGCGCGGGGCGCAUCUUCUCUUCCUUUUAUGGUUCUUUCCUGUAUCCUGGGACCGUUUUCUUUUGCCUGCUCUGGAAGCUGAGUGGGUCAGCUCGUCACAGGCCUGUGGCCCCUGUAUAGGUGACAGAGGAGACAAAGAUGACACAGAGAAGCUGUCCCUUCAGGGACAAAGCGGGGACACCCACGAGCCUGGCUCUGCCUUACAAAGAAAUGAGAAGGAACCUUGUUCCUGCUUUUCACCUUAGGUGGACUCUGAGUCUGCGGCCUCUCACCAAACACGUGAGCAGCCAGUGAUGACACCACAGUGAUGAGCAGGGCAGGAAACCAUCCAGAUGCGUGGGUCUGAUUCCCCCUCUUCCACUUUCUAGCCCCGUGACCUCAGAUAUGCCACUUCUAAUCACUUUGCCUCAGUUUUCUCAUCUGUAAAAUGGGACCAGCAGAGUUCCCACUUCCCAAGGCACGAUGAGGAUGAUGUCAUAACACACUCGGAAGCAUUGAUCGCAAUGCCAAGCACCAAACAAGUGCUCAGUGAUGAGUAGCUGUCGUUACUGUUGAAAUGCAAUAUGAACGGAAGGAGAGAACACGAUAAGGAGAGGCACUGGAACGUGACAUUUGUGGGGAGGAGUUUGGGGACACGUCGGUGUCAGGUACACAGUAACACAAGCUGAGAAUCAGGCAAGCAAAUAAUCAAAAGGCUAACAAGAGCCAAGGCUGACAGAGCAUUUGACAGGUGCUGCCUUAAGCCUUGAUAGGAAGCAGCUCACUGCCUCCUCACAGGUACCCGGGAAGCUGGUCCAGAGAAGGUUCCCAUUUCAGAGAUGAGGAACUGACCCAGGCCACGGGGCUACUGGGGGUGGAACCAACACCAUUCCCCUCCGCCAGGGGCUCAGGCACCUACGCCUGGCCUCCUGCCUCCACGGAGAUGCAGGCACAGUCGGUGCUUGUGAUGCAGCCUGACUUUCAGAAUGGGACCCCAUUCUGCUCUCCUGUCUGUAGCCAGGUGACGAUCAAGUCAUGGUUGAUGGCUUUGCUCAGGGACUCCUGGCCUGGGCCGAGGCUACCACUUUCCUAUCAUGUUGAUAUUCCCCGUGAUGGUGUCUGAAGGGAUUCUUCAGAGCCAAAAACAGGGAGGAACUGGUGGAAGAAGCAAUGUGGGAGGUAUUAAUGUGUGUUCGUUUACCCGUGUCCUCAGCUGUGUGACCCCAGGCAAGUUACUUAACCUCUCUGAGACUCUGUUUCCUCUGCUGUAAAAUGGGAACAAUGACACCUACUUUAUCAGGUUUGGGGUAGGGAUGAAGUGAGAUAACUCAGUAAGCUCUGAGAACCCAGUCGGGCCCAUAAUGCUAGCCCUUUGGGAUUCACUGGUCUGUAAACUUUCUGGUUAGUUGACUUUUCUUUGUUGAAUUCAUUUGUCUUCACGGGCUGGAAGGCAAGAUGGUUUACUAAUAGCAUCACUUACAAGUCUUUCUCUUUUCUGUAGGGCUGCUACCCUUGCGUGCCCCUUCUUCCUUGAAUUUAACCAGGAGUGAGCAGUGGAUAGCUUCUUCCUCGUGAGAAGGAGGUGAAGCAGGACCUGAAAUCCCGUGCUCAGCUCCCACAGCCCCUGUGUCCAGAACAAGUCCUUUGCUGACUCAGCAGCAGACGCCACCCGGAGCCCUGCGGUAGCCUUUCGCUGUUCUUCCAGCAUGGAUCUGAAACUCCGUUCCCACUUUCUGCAGCCUUCCAGAUAUAGCUCAGGUUCCAGCCUCAUGUGAUAGCAUGAAGAGAAACUGUGGUUCCAAUAGCUGUGUGCUCUGCUCCCCUUAUCCCAAACGACAAUUUAAAUGCACAAUUACACUUUUCUCUAGGGCCCAAAAUAGGAUAGGAAAGAUGGGUUUGCUAUCUCUGAAUGCCUGUCACCCUUGUUUCAUAAGGUAAGAUUGGGGAAGCGCUUGGCCACUGCCCUGGCAGCUGAGAAACCAACAUCAGGAAUAAAGACACUCUCUCCCCUCUGACAAAUGUCCAGUCUGUCCCCUCUAACAAAUGUCUGUCCAUCUGCUGGCAGGUCAGUCUCUCUGAUGUAUAGAUUAUAUAUGUGUACACAUAUGUGUGUGUGUGUGUGUAUAUAUAAUACACAUAUAUUCACAUGCGUAUAUAUACUGUACACAUAUACAACCUAUAUAUAUAUCUAUGUAUAGGUUACAUAUGUACACGUGUGUGUGUAUAUUAUCCACACAGACAUACAUACACAUACACACACAUAUAUACACACAGACAUAUGUAAUUAUGGAGCUGCAUUUCCGGCUCAUGCAUGUCGGGCGCACACACGCAGGCAGAGUCAUUAGCUUUCAGAGCUGACCCAUUAGGAGGCUGCCUCCCCAGCCUCCUUGUGGCUGACUGAUGUCUGCUCAUGGUUGACGCGUCCACUAGGCCGCCUCCUACUCGGGGGCCCCCUCCCCAGCCCCUUGUCCUGGAGCAGCCUUACUCUUAUUUUGUUUGUUGUACUUUUUCCACCCGUCGAUUGUCUUACUUGUCUGCUUACGUGUUUAUUUUCUGUUCCUCCUCCACCAGGAAGUCAGUCCCAGAACAGUUGUUCUGCUCCCUGCCUUCUAAUAAGUACUGCACUGAGUGUGCUUGCUUUGCCAGAUGGUUAAAAUAGAGCAGGGGAUAGAUGGACAGACGUCUCCACCCUCACGGAGUUCACCUUCCAGUGGGAGGAGGUGAUGGGCAGGGGUCUGCACACGUGGGUGGUAGAGCGUGUUCCACGGUGAGUGGCGUGCGGGGCAGGUGAGUAGCUCAGUGCCAUCUGGAGGGCUAGGCAAGGGGGGUUGCAGAUUUCAGCAAGAUGAGCAGGGAAGGCCUUAGUGAGAAGGAGACCACUGAGCAAAGACACCAGGAGUGGGUGCAGAGAGCUGAGGGGACAUCUGGAAGUGCCUGCUGGGAUAAUGGGGUGUCUGCUCCUGCCACAGCCUUGAGGUGCCACUGUACCUGGGGUUUUUGAGGAAGAACAAGAGGGCCAGUGGCUGGAAGGCAGGGCCUCGGGGCCAGCAUCAGAAGGUAGGUGACAGAAGAGGUGUGCAGAGAGGUAGUGGGAGGGAAAGAAAUCGGGCCAUGAUGGCAUCUACGGGCCUUUUGAUUUUGACUCUGAGUGAAAUGGGGAGCCAUGGAGGGUUCUGGAGAGAGAGGAGAGCCAUGCUCUGACUUCAGUCUUCCCAGACCCUUCUGGCUACUGCGUCAAGGACAUAUAGCAGCAGGGGAAGAAUGAAGCAGAGAAACAGUUAGGAGACAGCCACGGUGGUUCAGAGGAGACAGGAUGGUGACUUGGACCCCGGAGGCAGAAGAGAACAUCGUCAGCAGGGGUUGGGUUCUGCUUAGAGAACCACCACGCGAACCUGGGCUGGCUGUCCAUUUUGACCAUGGACCAAGUCUGUCCGUUU